AUGAACCUGUACCAGGCAGUUCGAGAUGCAUUAAGUAAUGCGAUGAUGCGGGACGACACUGCGGUAGUGUUCGGCGAAGACGUUGCAUUCGGUGGCGUCUUCCGAUGUACUAUGGGACUAGCAGAGGAGUUUGGCAGAGAGCGGGUCUUCAACACGCCAUUGAGCGAACAAGGCAUUGCAGGUUUCGGCAUCGGACUAGCGUCUAUGGGCCAUACAGCAAUUGCUGAAAUCCAGUUUGCGGACUACAUCUUCCCUGCCUUCGACCAGAUUGUGAAUGAGGCAGCCAAAUUUCGAUACCGCUCUGGGGGCCAGUUCAAUGCAGGCUCGCUCACAAUCCGUUGUCCAUCUAUGGCUGUGGGUCAUGGUGGCCAUUACCAUUCACAAAGUCCAGAAGGCUUCUUCUUAGCCGCGGCAGGAAUCAAGGUAGUUAUACCGCGCUCCCCGAUUCAGGCAAAGGGGCUACUUCUGGCGUCCAUCCGCGACCCUAAUCCGGUGAUCUUUAUGGAACCAAAGAUUCUGUACCGCUCUGCAGUGGAGCAAGUACCCGUUGAUGACUACCAACUCCCGAUCGGGCGUGCAGAGACGUUGGUAUCCGGCUCAGAUGUCACUCUGCUAUCCUGGGGCACACCAAUCUACCAUUGCGAGACAGCCAUGCACAUGUUGAACUCGCCUCCGGAGACGCUUGCGCGUCACGUACCAGAAUCAUUACGCUCAGCUAAGGUGGAACUCGUCGACUUGCGCACCAUUCUACCUUGGGAUGUCGACGCCAUCGUAGAGAGUGUCACCCGUACUGGUAGACUAGUGAUAGUGCAUGAAGCCGGCCGUACUGGUGGCGUCGGUGCCGAAAUUAGCGCAGAGGUCCAGAAGCGGUGCUUCUUGAAGCUCGAUGCUCCCGUCAAACUGGUUACGGGCUGGGACACGCCCGUUCCCCUGGCGUUCGAAAAAUUCUACACGCCGGAUGCUCUGCGUGUUUUAGAUGCACUUGUGGAGACGUUGUCUUACUGA